ACUUGUUGCGGGGCGAGCUUUUAUUUAUGCUGAAUACAUUCUAAUUCCGUCCAAGCUUUGGAGCGAACUCACUUAAAAAUUCGACUGCUUUUAAGACUUCUUCGCGAGCGCGAUUGACGGUAGCGCCUUACCCUUUACUUGAUAUUCAUUCCUAGGAACUUUUAAUAAGAACUCUGUCUAGUCUACACCAUGGAUGAGUCCGGGCACCCGUCAUUACUCAAGUACGAGCGCGAACUCGCCACACGGACCGUGAGCUUAUCAACCUUCGAAUCCGUCUUGUGCUCAAUCUUUAUUCUGGCUGCUCUCUCGGGAAACUCCCUCGUCCUUUGGAUCGUCUACAAGAACCGCAAUCUUCGUACUAUUCCAAACCAAUUCGUGAUCUCUUUGGCACUGGCGGACAUACUUAUGGCGGCAAUCUGCGCCCCUCCUUGCCUCUCCAUACUCAUAGCGGGUACUCGUACCUUCGGUAGCUUCGUUUGCCAGCUUCAAGGUUUCGCUAUAGCUGCACUCGCCUGCGUCUCGUUGCUGACGAUGACUCUUGUCGCCAUCAAUAGGUAUUUCCUGAUCGUGCGCCCACAGACGUACCAGUGGUUAUUCACGCCAAGGAAGACGAAGGCGAUGAUUGUGAUGAUCUGGUUGUUGUCGUGUACGGAGCCGCUACCUUACCUGCUAUCUGGCCACAGGUACGAGUACCAUGCGGGCAAGGUGUUCUGCUUCCAAGUCCUCGAGGUCGACUUCUACACGUUGCUAGGUUACGUCUACGUCGCGCUUCCCGUGGUGGUUCUGACGUCAUGUUAUUACGUCGUGUUCAAGAUAUUACGUCAGCAUCAAGAGAGGAUUCGCAGCCUGAGAAAGUCAAACCGUAGCUCCACCCACCGUGUGUCAGUAGAAGACAUCAAUGUCACGCGCACGCUUUUCAUCACAGUCUGCGGGUUCCUCAUCUGCUGGUUGCCCAUCAGUAUUGUGGACUUUAUCGGUUUCGGUCAGGGGAGCUGGCUGCUUCCUCGCCAAGUCUACCUCAUGUACACCUUCCUCGGUCAGCUCAGCACGACUAUCAACCCUGUCAUCUACGGCGUGAUGAACAAGACGUUCCGUGACGAAUACAAGAGAAUGCUGUGCAGCUUGUCGUGUUGGUGUGGGUGUGGUCGGCGAGGGGAGGCGUCAUUUGAAUCGGAUGACUCCCAGCACGACACUAGACUGAGUCGGUGCUCUAUCAUCUAGUCCUCAUCAUCUAGCUAGGAUUUGCCGGGUUGAGAGGGGAGGGGAGGGGCGAGGGGAGAGGAGAGGAAGCGUCCCUGGAAUCGGAUCACUCCCAGCACGAAACUAGACUGAGUCGGUGCUCUAUCAUCUAGUUCUCGCCGAUAUAGAUGACCAGGCCAGGGGCGUAGCCAGGAUUUUUCCUUUGAAGGAGGUGGCAAAGGGAUUUCUCAAGAAAAUUCGUUUCGAACUUUAAUCUUUAAUCUUUAAUUGACUUUGCCCACGGAGAAAAAAAAAUACACAUACAUAAUACGUUAUACAUGAGAAACAGAACAUAAAUACAUACAAUAACGAAAGGGCAGGGUAUCCGCCACAGCUAGGCCAAUUACGGCGGACCCGACGUGACGUGACGACUAAGACGUAAUAGGUUUAUUAGAUCAGAAAAGGAAGCGGCCCCCUUGGGUACCCCCCCCCCCCCCCUGGCUACGCCCCUACAGGUGUACUGCCAGGGUUUGCAGGGGUGAGAGGGGGGUGUAGGCGCGGGAAGGAGCGUGGAUUACUUUAGAAAGAAAGUUGAGAGGGAAAGUUGAAUAGAAAUGCAGUUUAAAAACACACUACACCUUCAUCUGCUGUAAACCUUCAAAAAUUAAAUAAAAAAGCUGAUAGUUUAUUACUGAAGAUUGUGCACAAAUCCAAAGAUACCGUUUGAUUGGUACUACACUUCUUAUUACGGACAAAAAACAGCUUUAAGGUACAUACCGAUACAAAAGUAAGAAAAAUGUUUUUUAAGGCAAGAAGUUAAUGGGGUUAAAAUAAGAUUUCCCCCUGAUUUCGAAAAUUGUCCGUAUUAAUUACUUACGCAUGCUAAUUGCUAAUAUUAAUAUUUCGUGUAUCUUAUGUUUUCGCGCUAUCGUUAAAGUUAUACUAUCUUGUAGCCUUUGAGAAAAUGUCAUUUAAUAAACAUUUUGUAUGAUA